GGGAGGGACGCCUGAGCAGCCGCUUUGGGCCCCGAAGGCCGCUCUGCACUCGGGUCCUGCCGGGCCGGGCCGGGCCCUGCGGCCCCGGGCCCAGGUUCGCGCCGUGCGGGCCCUUCCGGCUGCCCCGGCCUGUCCGGGGGCUCAGCCCCUCGCUGAGUCCCUGUCCCCCUCUUGGCGGCCUGGGGAGGCCCGACCGUGCGUUGCCGUGCGGAGCUGCUGCGGUUCGUCCCCAUCCUGCUGCGUAUCGGCUGGAGACACACACGUCAAGAACGCAUAACCCGGCGUUUCUGAUCUAGCUGAACGGUGCAAACCACGUAGAAGAGCUGCGCUGUCAAGUGGUGUUGACCUGUAAUACUUUUUGUCUGUCGCAGGGGAAGAAACAAAAUGGCCUCGGGGGCGGUGGUGAACGCCCCUCCUGCGGGGGGAUCGAACGAUGUGAGCCUGGAGGAACCCAAGAAGAUGACAAGGGAAGACUGGAGGAAGAAGAAGGAAUUAGAAGAACAAAGAAAACUAGGAAAUGCACCUGCUGAAGUGGAUGAAGAAGGAAAAGAUAUCAAUCCUCAUAUUCCUCAGUACAUAUCCUCAGUGCCAUGGUACAUAGAUCCUUCUAAAAGACCAACACUAAAGCAUCAGAGGCCUCAGCCAGAGAAGCAGAAGCAGUAUAGCUCCUCUGGAGACUGGUACAAACGAGGAGUCCAAGAGCAUGCGGUGGCAACCAGGUACCGCAAGGGAGCCUGCGAGAACUGUGGUGCCCUGACACACAAGAAGAAGGACUGCAUGGAGAGACCUAGGAAAGUUGGAGCAAAAUACACAGGCAUGAAUAUUGCACCAGAUGAACAUGUGCAGCCUCAGCUGAUGUUUGAUUAUGAUGGAAAGAGGGAUCGUUGGAAUGGUUAUAACCCAGAAGAGCAUAUGAAGAUUGUAGAGGAGUAUUCCAAAGUUGAUUUGGCCAAACGUACACUGAAAGCCCAGAAGCUGCAGGAGGAGUUGGCAUCAGGAAAGCUGGAGCAAGUGGAACGGGAUCAUAACAGUGAAGAUGAAGAUGAAGAUAAAUAUGCAGAUGACAUUGAUAUGCCUGGGCAGAACUUUGACUCUAAAAGACGCAUCACAGUUCGAAAUUUACGUAUUCGGGAAGAUAUCGCGAAAUACUUGAGGAAUCUAGAUCCAAACUCUGCUUAUUAUGAUCCCAAAACAAGAGCAAUGAGAGAGAACCCAUAUGCCAACACAGGCAAGAAUCCAGAUGAAGUUGGUUACGCAGGUGACAACUUUGUUCGCUACACUGGAGAUACCAUUUCAAUGGCACAGACUCAAUUGUUUGCUUGGGAGGCUUAUGACAAAGGCUCUGAAGUUCAUCUUCAAGCAGAUCCUACAAAGUUAGAGCUACUUUAUAAAUCCUUCAAAGUGAAAAAAGAAGAUUUCAAGGCACAGCAGAAAGAAAGCAUCCUAGAGAAGUAUGGAGGUCAAGAACAUUUGGAUGCCCCACCAGCUGAACUGCUUUUAGCUCAAACAGAAGAUUACGUCGAGUACUCUAGGCAUGGAACAGUCAUCAAAGGACAAGAGAAAGCUAUUGCUUGCUCUAAAUAUGAAGAGGAUGUAAAGAUCAACAACCACACAUGCAUUUGGGGUUCCUACUGGAAAGAAGGCAGGUGGGGUUACAGGUGCUGCCACUCCUUUGUCAAGUACUCAUACUGUACAGGAGAAGCUGGGAAAGAAAUUGCUAAUACUGAAGCAAGCUUACUGGAAGAGCAACCCACAGAGGAAGAACUCAUGACAAAACCCAAAACACUGAUGGAGAUCCAUCAAGAGAAACAGAAAGAAAAGAAAAAGAAGAAGCACAAGAAGAGCUCAAAUUCGGAUAGUGAGGGUGAAGAGAAAAAGAAGCAAGAAAAACUUAAAAAGGCAUUAAAUGCUGAAGAGGCUCGUCUUCUCCAUGUCCAAGAGAUCAUGCAGUUAGAUGAGAGGAAGAGACCAUACAACAGCCUGUAUGAAACCAAAGAGCCAACAGAAGAGGAAAUGGAAGCCUAUAGGAUGAAACGCCAGAGGCCCGAUGAUCCCAUGGCCUCUUUUCUUGGACAGUAGCCGUGAUGAAAAUCAUUCCAACACCCAAGACUUUUUUUUCAUACUUGUUUACAACACUGUAGACACUUGCUUAACUUCCAUGUGUCUUAUUGAAGUUCCAGAAACAGGAGAGAUCUUUUUUUGUACCAAAGAAGUUGGUGAAAACUUCUUUCAAAAGACAUAAGCAGUCCAGUACUUUGAGCAAGUUUUUAUGUGUGUGCAUUUAUACAUAUACAGUCACAAAUAUACACACAUAUAUAAAAUGGUAUGUAUGAAGUCCUUACACCUGCUCUGUAAAUUCUUUCUUGGAAGAUACAAGAUCUGAUGCUAACUGCAAUUCUAGGUUCCUUUGGCCAACUACUAAUAUAUGCAUAAAGUCACGGUGCGUUCAGUAAAACUGACUACUCAGAAGAAAUUGUCAGCAGGUGUCAAUACAGAACAAAAAUUAUUGCAAAAAAUUGAGCAGUUUCUUGAUCACUUUGUAUUACGGAUUUUGGAAAUGUAAAAAUUGGUUGAUUUUGUACAGUUUUGGUUAAAUUGAUAUAAAGGUCUUAAAUGCUGUCUAGUGUUUGAUGAAGGAGAAGCUGACUGUAGAGCUUUUAAAUGCUAAUUUUGUUUCUGCAGAUCUUAAUGUAUAAAUUUCAGUUGCAAAGAUCUGAGUUGUUUGGUUUUCUGUUUGAUAACAUCACUCAACUUUGUAACUUCUAGAAGCCUGUUACAUGGUGCAAUACCAAGAGUCAGACUCUAAUACCUUGUGAUAGUGUGAAGCAGCAUUUGCUUUGUAUUUGGCAACAUUGGUCCUUACACUGGGAGUUUUCCUCUUUAAAAGUUGAAGAAAUAGGUGAAAAACCUUACAGCAUGACUUGAGUUGGGAGGCUUGAGAAUUAUUCCUGUUACAGCUUAAACUGACACCAAACAUGGCUUUUAUAACUGUAUUUAAUGUGGUUAUAUUAAUAGUAGGACAAGGAAGACUCCAUAAUCCUGGCUUUUCUUAAAAUUCAGAACCUGGUUACAGUUUCCCCUUUUGCAAACAUUAAGGAAUGUAAAAGUUGCUGGAUGAAUAUUAAAUAGUAUUUAUACCUGUA